AUGGACUUGGAAGUGUAUAAUAAUCUCAUUAAUUAUUUAUUAUUUCAUAAAUAUCCAAAAAAUUUUAUAACAAGUGACAAACAAAGAUUAGCAAGGCAAGAAACACAAUAUUUGGUAGAACAAGGACAAUUAUUAAAGAAAAACAAAAACAAUUUUAAUAAACCGUUACGAUUUAAUGAUAAGGAAAAUCAUUCUGUUUUAAUUUAUGAGGAGGCUUUGGAACGAAUGAUCAGUUCUUUAAUAGGAACCUUCAUUAAUGCACUUAUAAUCUCCUUAAGAAAUGUAACAAGUACACAAGAGUUACAAAAGAAAAGACAAAAACAUUUGGCUAAAGCCCAUGAGUAUCAUGAAAAUGAUAUUGUAUUAUUAUAUGAUUCUGCUAAAAGACAAGUACAUGGACAAAAGUUUAAUCCUAAAUGGACAGGACCAUUUUGGAUAGAAAAGAAGUUAGGUAAUAAGGUUUACCUGAUAAGAGAUAAAAUUGAUAAUACAUUAUCUAAUCCUGUUUAUGCAGAAAGAUUAAAACAUUAUAAACAAAGGAAUCUUGUAGAACCUUAUUACACUUCUGUUAAUAUACAAAUGAUCUCUACACGAAUUAUUAUACAAAGUAAUUCUCAACAAACCUCUCUAACAAUUCCUACUCACUAUCGACAAACACAAUCUCAAAAUUUUAAUAUAUAUAUUUAUGAUGCAUGUAAUGCUGAAGUCAACCUUGAUCUCGAAUUAUAUAAUAAAGAAAAUAUUUUAUCUCUUGUAAAUGUUGCCAUUGAUAUUGCAAAAACAAAUAGACAACGACUCUUUGUAUACUCGAAAUCCUGGUCAUUAUUAUCAAAAGAUCUUAUUGAGCGACAAUUAAUUAUGAAACAACUGAGACAAAAAGUUCAACAAAUAACCAGUCAAAAUAGUGCUUGA